AUGGUAAAUUAUGAAGAAAAAACUGAAAACCACAAGUGUGAACAGAAGUGGGCUGUGUCACGUUGUGCACAAUCUCAUGAUCAAAUAAGGUCGCGAAGUCCUCUUUCACAACAAAAGCAAAUAAAGAAAGUCUCUCCAAAUAUUUACUCUUUGAAAUUGAUUGGGAGAAUUCGUAAAAUUUUAUUAGUUUGGUUUAUUUUGGAGGUAAUUCGUGGAUAUUUUCCCAGAAGAGUGCCCAAAUUUAUAAUUAGUUCGUUAUUUUCUACUAAUGGAAUAUGUAUGGAGGCCAUAAUCACAAAGAAACUACAAAGUAAACAAAAAAUUAAAACAACUUCUGGGAAGGCAUCAUCAUCAAGUUUGCAGGUUGCAGUUCAGCUGACCAGUGGAGUGACACCGCAGUCUGAUGAAUUCGAAGGCAAUUUCACUGAACACGUCUAUUGGAAGCACAGUUAUCCGCAAAACUCACAGUAUCAGAAGAAUAAAAACAUUCAUUUAAUUGUUGCUUUUACAAUUUCGCUUCAACCUCGUCAAGAUUUGCCGUCUAGUUUCUUCACCUAUUUCCCAACAGAGGCCGAGGCAAAAAAUGAGCCAGGAAAAAGUGGAUGGAUGAACAAUAAAACUUGCGGGAUGAAAAACAAAAAAGUUAAUCAAUCAGUACAACAAUGUUUACAACCAGUUACAGUUCCUUGA